ACGCUUAACCCCUUUUAAUAUUUCCAUCAAAAAUAUUCUACGCAGACGCGAAUUUUACAAUUGCAAUAUCAUAUAUUUAUUCAAUGUUUUUCAAUAGACACCAUCUGUCAGUGUAAAUUAAAAAUAAAAAUAAUAUACAAUUAUAUUUUUCAAUUAAAAAAAAUCAUAUAUUAUUUUAAAAACCAAAUAAAUUAAAAAUCAUUUAACAAUGAUAAAUAAUAUUAAAAAUAUUAUUAACUAUUUAUUUAUCAUUAUUAUUCACGGUUAAAUAAACAUUAAUUAUUAUUAUUUAUCAUCCAGGUGACUUGCCAAGUCAAACAGUAUAUAAUCACAAAUAAAUCAAUCAAUUUAAAAAUUAAUUUCAAAAUGAUUUUUUAUACAAUAAUUGGAAGUUAUGUAUUAACAUCAGUACUUUUAUUUAAAUAUCCAAUGUUAAUACAUAAAAAAAAACGUGUUAAAUUUACUUGUCAACAUAUAAGUCAUCGUGGAGGAGCUGGUGAAAAUUAUGAAAAUACAAUGAAUGCAUUUAAAAGAGCUGUUAAAAUUGGUACCCAAAUGUUGGAAUUAGAUUGUCAUUUAACAAAAGAUGGUGAAGUUGUUGUUUCACAUGAUCAAAAUUUAUUACGUUGUACUGGUGUUAAUAAAAAUAUUUGUGAUGUUAAUUAUAAUCAAUUACCAUUGAUUAAAUCAUCAUUACCAAUUGAUUUUGAUCCAGAUGUUAUUUAUGUUGGAUCAGAUAAUGAAGAUGAUAGAAAAUUUCCAUUAUUAAAAGAUGUAUUUGAAACAUUUCCAGAUAUGCCAAUUAAUAUUGACAUUAAAAUAAAUGAUGAUUUGUUAAUUCAAAAAGUAUCUGAUUUAAUUAAAAUAUAUAAACGUGAAAAUCUCACUGUUUGGGGUAAUUUUAGUGAUGAAAUUACUAGAAAAUGUUAUAAAGCUAAUCCAGAUGUUCAUCUUUUAUUUUCUAUGAAAAGAGUUGCAAUACUUGUUUUUUUAAUGUACUCUGGAUUAUUGCCAUUUGUUCCACUAAAAGAAACUCAUUUGGAAAUUUUUUUACCAUCAAUUUAUCUCAGGAAAAAAACCAACACAGUGUACAAUUAUUUAAUGAAGAAAUUAUUUUGUAAAAUUAUUAAUUUGUUGUUAAUUAGAAAAUGUUUGUUUGAUCAUUUACAAGCUCGUGGAAUUCAUGUUUAUUUUUGGGUUUUAAAUAGAGAUGAAGAAUUUAGCCAAGCAUUUAAUCUUGGUGCAACUGGAGUCAUGACUGAUUAUCCAACAAAAUUAAAAUCUUAUUUACAAAAUAAAAAAAUUUAA